GAAAAUGUAACUGUGCUGGAUGAAAAAGUUUAUCCUUUAGAAAGACUGAGUUGAGCGGUGAAACUUCUCAAAGUAGAAAGAAUAAAUCAAAAACUUCUCAGAGGACAUUGACAUUAUAUGAUAAUACAAAUCAGAAAUCGUAUAAGAUUUUAGCCACUGAAGAAAACUUCAAGAUGUGGGUCUUAUUUUCAAGAGAUUACCAAUAUGAUUAAGUCACAAACACAAGGGAGUCAGUACGAACAACAGGAAAAUAAUGAAAAUUCCUCAAAUUCAGUUAAUAUUUUAUCAUCUGAGAGAGCAACAAUAAAAGUAUUAAUUUUACAUGACUUUGAAGCAAACUUAAAGUAUGAAGUUACGGUGAGCCCAAAGAUGUAUGAGAAAGCCAUGACAGAUGAUAAUUUUGCAAUGCAGAUAUUUGAGAGAAUAAAAAAAGAUAGAGUAUUAAAAACAAAUCUGCUUUUGGAACAGCAAAAAUCUGCAAGUACUUCACCUGAUGUUAUUAAUUCAAAAUCAAUUGACAAAAAGAUUGAUCCAUCAGAAAGUUCUAAUGUAGACAAUGAAAAUGAAUUUAUAGAAUUCAGUAUCCAAGAUUCUAAACAAAAUAUAAAACAUACAGUAUGUGGCUUACCCGAGAACAACAUGCUGCUACUAUCAAAGAUCCUUCCUAUACAAUUGAUCUAUUGAAUAAAUUUAAAACUGAUAGGAAAUUGAAUUAUAAUCCAUUACCGGACGAGACAAAUCAGAAAACAAUGAAAAAGCAGUCUUCUUGUUCUGAUACUAUCACAGAUAACAA